CUCACACACACACACACACACACACACACACACACCCCUUCAUUCCAACACACACGUGGGUGUUUGGUCUGACAUCUGAGAGCCGUGCAGCGGCACCACAGAUCCGCGCAUUACUUGGCUCGUGUUUGUGUCUCUGUGUGUGUGUGUGUGUGUGUUUCAAGUGAAGUGAUAAAACCGCACUCAGGAGCAUAGCAAUUUUCUCAAGAUGACGAUCCAAGAAGUGUGACUUCGGAGAGAAGAUCGGAGAAGAUCUGGGCGAAACAAAUCCAUCUGGUUCGUUGUGAAUUAUGGAUGUGCUCGUGUGGGGGCUCGUGUGGAGCGUGGCGAUCCUGACACACACACCGAGUCUUAAAGGUGCAUCUACCGACUCCUCUCCUACCUUAACCUCCAUUCUUACUGUAAAUCAUGUGAUCAACACAAAACCGAACACAGACUCUACCGCCAUCAUCCAGCCGCCAGAAAGUGUCACAUCAACGAAUGCAACACAAGAUUUCACUGAAUCCCCUAUUCUAUUGAGGAGCACCACCCUUACACCAGGAUCAUCCAAUCCUUUGUCUACAAAUCUCAGUGAAGAACAUCAAAACUCUGCUAUAUCCACCACCUCAGAGAUGACCUUAGCAGUGUCUUUAAUCCCACCUUCUCUUCCAGCUUCUACUCUCAAAGACUUAAUCACCGGAUCUACUUCUUUGGAAAAAGAGAACCAGGCUAGACCAUCAGAACUAGAUGUGGGAGAUGAAGAUUUAGACCGAGUGCCUUCUCCAUCUCCUCUGGAUCCUUUGCUUGCCGGCCUGAUCUCCAUCUUUAUCAUCAGCACCGCUAUGCUCUCCAUCAUGCUCUUCCUCAAAUUUCGCCAACAAAGUAGCCAUCCUGAAUUCCACAGGCUGCAAGACGUUCCCAUGGAUGAUCUCUUGGAGGAUACGCCUUUGUCAAGACAUUCAUACUAAUGAAACUCCUCGGGGUUCCGCAGACCAAAUCGGGGAAACUGCUUAUGGAGAAAUAUCAUGGGAACCAAACCAUCUAGAGUUGUGUGGGAUGAAGAUUGUUGGGGUUUUAUUUUAAACAAGGUCUCUGGCUGUACCCCAGGCCUCCUCUCGUCACCUCAACUCACUUUCCUUACACCCUUGUGGAUGAAUGAAAUCUUAAAAUCUCUACGCUUAAUUCUAGUGGAACUUCUGCCCAGAAGAGUGGAGGUUAUUGUAACAACAAGUGGGGAUUAAUGUGGAUUUGGAUGUUCAAGAGGCACAAUCACAUCUUGUCCAUAUAAUGCAGGUCAUUUUAGAUUUUAAACAAGGUAGGAAUCUUAGACAAUAAUCAUAACGCCUCAAUAGUGAAGCCUUCGAUGUGCAAAAGUGAAAAGUUGUGAAAGUUUUUUUUUAAGUAAUAUUAAAUUGAAUAUCAAAUGUAGACGUCCCAGUAUGAAUAAUGAAACUGUUAACGUAAUGUGAAAGUUUUUCUGUGCCAAAUAUAUUUUGUAUUGUAUUGUAUUGUAUUUAUCAUUGGCGAAUGCGUGCAAAAAACAAGGUUAUGGUGGGGUUCAUAUUUUUGUCCCUAUAUAUAAUAGCAGUUGUGUACUUCUGUUUGUUACUUGUAAAUAA